AUGGAAGAGCACCAGAAGAAACUCAAUCAGCGGCACGAGGGAAGGCCCCGCAAGGUGAGGUUCAAAAUAUCGUCAGCUUACAGCGGUCGAGUGUUAAAACAAGUCUACGAGGAUGGGCAGGAGCUCGAGCCCCCAGCCAAAGAGCACUCUCGGCGUCGUCUCCGCCACAGCUUCGAGCCAGGGGACCAUUUCUGCGGGGCAGAGGAAUCGCCAGAAACCAGGUUUUACUCGCCGACCAAGCUGACUGCCCAGCGGAUCAGCAUAUUCAAAGAGGAUAAGAAAUACGGUCUCACCAGUAACUCGCCUCUCCUCAGCGACUGCCCCUCAAGCGACAGCCACUGCAGGGCUUCCCCAAUUCUAGAUUUUGGCAAGAUCGUCAUCUACACUAAUAACCUGAAAAUCAUCCGUGCACCAAUGGACCAGAAAGAGCUCAUGAGGAGAAUCAUCCAGACAGAAGGAAUAAAUGACUGGGCCUUCAUAUACCGGGAAAGGAAAGAAAGGUUUGGUGGUGGACAUAAAAAAGAUGGGGGAAAAAAGGUUGUCUGCAACCAGUAUAUGCAG